AUGGAAAAUCAACUUUUUCAAUUAAAAUUUACAUCAAAACAAUUAGAAAAGCAAAGUAAAAAAUCAGAAUCAAAUGAAAAGACACAAAAGACUAAAUUAAAGAAAGCAAUUGAACAGGGUAAUAUGGAUGGUGCAAGAAUUUACGCACAAAAUGCAAUUCGUGAAAAGAAUCAAGCUUUAAAUUAUCUUCGUUUAGCAUCAAGAAUCGAUGCAGUAGCAUCAAGAGUAGAGACAGCAAUUAGAAUGAAAGCAGUUACUGGUUCAAUGGCAAAUAUUGUUAAAUCGAUGGAGAAAUCAAUGAGAUCAAUGGAUUUAGAAAAAAUUACACAAGUUAUGGAUCAAUUCGAAAGACAAUUUGAAGAUUUAGAUGUACAAUCAGUUUAUGUCGAAAAUGCAAUGAAUCAAACCACCACUUUAUCAACUCCUGCCGACCAAGUAGACCUUUUAAUCUCUCAAGUUGCUGAUGAACAUGGCUUAAAUGUUGGCAUGCAAAUGGGAUCUGUUCCAUCAGAAAAAGUACAACAAAACGAAACUGAUGAAUUAACUGAAAGAUUAAAUAGAUUAAAACAAAAAAAUUAA